UCGGUGCCGUUAGGCUCAGGCUGCCUGAGCUGAUUGUAGUUGUUCCCGCAGAGGGAGGAUGUGAUUGGAGCGGGGCGGUGGAUGUAGUUUGUGUGUCAUGUAGAGCUCCAUAGAGGUGUCAUUGGUCGGAGGACACGAGUGGCGGCUCCCGGGCGAGAAAUUCUGAUGUAUGAAGAAUCAAACACUAAGUUGGAAAAAUGAGCUUGACAUCAUGGUUUUUGGUGAGCAGCGGAGGCACAAGGCACAGACUGCCAAGAGAAAUGAUUUUUGUUGGAAGAGAUGACUGCGAGCUAAUGUUACAGUCAAGAAGUGUUGACAAGCAACAUGCAGUUAUCAAUUAUGAAGCAUCCGCAGAUGAGCAUUUAGUGAAGGAUUUGGGCAGUCUUAAUGGGACAUUUGUAAAUGAUGUCAGGAUUCCUGAACAAACCUAUAUUACCCUGAAGCUUGAAGAUAAAUUAAGAUUUGGCUAUGAUACCAAUCUUUUUACUGUAGUACGUGGGGAAAUGAAGGUCCCUGAAGAAGCUCUUAAGCAUGAAAAGUUUACAAGUCAAUUCCAGUUUUCUCAAAAGCAAUUUGAAACUGAAGGAUCGAAAUGCAAGAGCGCAGAUACAAAGGCAAAUGUUUCUGCAGACGUUCAUCACAAAGCUUUGGAGACACUGAAGUCAGAAGAAAAGCUUGCAGCAGACCUUUCCUCAAUGCCUCGUAGAACACCCUUGUAUGGACAGCCAUCUUGGUGGGGGGAUCAAGAUGCUCCAGGGAACACAAAUAACCAAGAGAGUAAAGAAGCCAAACCUCAUGAUGCUAGUGCACCAGGUUCCUGCAAAGAUGUCAAGAAAAGUACUCAAGUGGCAGCAUUGAAAGAAGAAAAUGCUAAUUCUUUUAUCAGAGAGCCAAGUUACUUUGAGAUCCCUUCUAAAGAACUCCAACAAUGUUCUGAAGGAGAAAAUGCCACAUAUGAAAUCCCAACGCAGGAUCCCCACAGUUCUCAAGCUUCAGGGGCAGGCCAUGCUUCAUUUACAAUUGAGUUUGACGAGACCUCCCCAGGUAAAGUAACCAUUAAAGACCACAUAACCAAGUUUACGGACCACCGUCAAAAAUCAAAGAAGACUUUGUCUGCCGGAGAUAAGGAACUGGCUGGGUUACAUACAGAGAUGAUUGCAGCGGAAAGUAAAGUAGCUGAUUGGUUGGCACAAAAUAACCCACCAAGACUGUUAAAGGAAGCCGCUGAAGAAGACAGUAAAAGUAUUAAAAGCGAUGUCCCAGUGUACUUGAAGAGGCUACAAGGCAACAAACAUGAGGAUGGGACGCAGAGUGACUAUGAAAACAGUGCAACACCUAAGCAUGCAAACAAGUGCACUAACUCACAAAAUUGUGGAAGACAGACCACGUCUAUAGAGCAGAGAAAGCUGGAACAGAAGCUUCAGACUGGAGGGAAGCAGCAGGAAACUGCAAGUCAGACUGCUUUUUUGAUAGAGUUUUUGGAUGAUGACCACCCAAGAAAAAGACGCUCUUAUUCUUUCUCUCUGAACACAAGCACUGCAGGCCCAGAAGCUCCAUAUCCAAUCCCACAGUCAAGGAUAGAUAAAGUCAAAGCAGCUUCUGUUGAUCCUAAAGGGCUGUGUUUGGGUUUACAGUCUGUUGCCUCAUCUCAUAGAGUAAUUCAUAGCACACAGCAUGCAAAAUUGCUGCUUAAACAGAAGUCUGAAGAGCCUUGCACAUCUUUAUUAGUUUCACAAAAUGUUUUGUUGAGGAGCUCUGGAAGCCUUGGACAUCGACAAGCUAAUAUGCGAAUUACAUCUGACAGCGCAGAAUUGCCUUCCGUGGAAAAAGAUCACAAGAGCAGUCAUCUUUGUGAAAAGGCAAAUAGCAAGGAUGAUGCAGGAGGACAAUGUGUGACGGAAAUGUCUUCAUCUAGUAAAAAACGUUGGGCAUCACAAUGGGCCAGUCUGGCUUCUAAUCAUGUGGGACAGGAUCAAGAUAAUGGACAGAAUGACUGCAAUAUUUCACCUCCUGCUGAAAAUGAUGCAGAUAUGAGUGAAUCUGGUAUGUCACUUAAAAGUAGUGGAUCUGCUGCCUCAGUGACUUGUGCAAGCGAUCGUAAAAGGAGAAGUUUACCAAAGCUUCCAAAGGAGGAAACAAAUGCUUAUGUUUCUACAAGUAAACAAGCACAUAGGUCAGAUGUUGGAGAAAAACAAGAUACAGAGUUACAGGAGAAAGAAUCACAUGCCCGUUUAGGUAAGAAAGACAAGCUAUAUGUUUCCAAUGGAAAAGCUAGAACGAAGCAAGAUAAACCUACGGAAAGUUCAAAAGAUGCCUUACUUUCUGCAAGGAAGCACGCAGUACACAAAGCCCACCUUGAGCAAAUGAAAGAUCAGUUGAUUUCUGCAAAGCUGUUCAACAAGCCACCAGUUAUCCAACCAAGUGAUUCAAACUCUCCUAAUGUCUACAAGCAACAGUCUUCUGAAACCUCCCAGAAAAAGGCUGCUCAGAAAAGUGAAGUUGUUUCAAACAGCAAUAGCGUCAAAAGCGUUGAAAGUGAUAGAAAGGAAACGUCCAGGCCACUUGUGAGACAAGGCAGUUUCACUAUAGACAAGCCUAGUUCAAACGUACCUAUAGAACUUAUUCCACACAUUAAUAAACAACCUGUGCUAUCACCUAACUUUCCCUUUACUUCUGUGAGCAGUGUCAGAGGGAGAAGCGACUCCGUAGACACGGACUCCAGCAUGGAUACCACUCUACUUCUCAAGGAUACAGAAGCAGUCAUGGCUUUCCUUGAAGCAAAGCUCCGAGAAGAUAGUAAAAUCGAUGAUGAUCCACAAACACCUAGCUACAACCAGGAAAAUUCUAUAUCCCCUGAAUCAGAUGUUGAUACUGCAAGCACUAUUAGUUUUGUUGCUAAUGACGCAGAUAGAAAAUGUCCCCAGAAGCGAAAGACUCUUACCAGCCUGCACAAGGAUAAAUCCUCAACAUCAUCCCCCUCCAAAGAACCCCUCAGCUCAUCCGUAUCCAUAACCCGUGAAAGAAAAAGUAAAACUCAUGUUAGGGAGGCUGGAAACAGAAGUGAUAUCCAAAAAGUUCUUCGAACUAGUGCAAAGAACAGACAACCAUCUCUUGACUUGACAGAUGAUGAUCAGACCUCUAGUUUACCUUGUUCUACUGUGUCGGAUAUUUUAUCUUCUGAUCAAGAAACAUAUUCUGGAAGGUCACACUCCAAAUCUCAGUUUGCCUCUGUUGAUGACAAGUUUACCAAUAUAAAAACUGCUGCAGCUAACAAGCCUGUUACACUCCCUAGGCCUCGUCCAACAAGGACUUCACUUUUACGCAGGUCACGAUUAGGUGAAGCUUCAGACACCGAGGUUGGAGAUAAUGAUAGAGCAUCUGUUGCCUCAGAAGUAUCAACAACAAGUUCAACAUCAAAGCAAACAGCUACUAGGAAACAACUUUCAAGAAUAGAUUUGCUUGCACAGCCUCGUAGAACGCGGCUUGGUUCUUUAUCUGCACGCAGCGACUCAGAAGCGACAAUAACAAGAGGUUCUGGAGCGUCACGUGCUUCAGAAUAUGCAGUUAGAAGUAAUGCUAAAAUGACUCCAACAACUGAUGGGAAAGGUUCUCCACGAGCCAGAGCUAACAGUAUUUCUCGCCUAUCAGAUGCCAAGACAAAAGUGGUUCCACCUGUUCAUGGUUCUCUUGCUGGUGAGUUUUCAUGCAAUACUCGAUGGAGACGAGUUCCUCCAGAGUAUGCAUCCACUUCUGAAGAUGAAUUUGGAUCUAACCGCAACCCUGCCAAACCCACUCGUCUACGCGCUUCUUCAGCUGUUAAAAUUCAGAAGUCACAAGUUAGUGGAAACAGCCCAAUUAAAACACCAUCAGCAGCAUUGAGCAUUAGUUCAUUCAAACAUAAGGCAAAAGAACAAGAAGAUUAUAUUCGUGACUGGACUGCACAUCGUGAGGAAAUAGCAAGGAUUAGCCAAGAUUUGGCUCUCAUUGCUCGGGAAAUUAAUGACGUUGCUGGGGAAAUAGAUUCGGUGACGUCAUCUGGCACAGCACCUAGUACCACAGUAAGCACUGCAGCCACCACUCCUGGUUCUGCAAUAGACACUCGGGAAGAGCUUGUGGACCGUGUAUUUGAUGAAAGCCUUAACUUCAGAAAGAUUCCUCCAUCGAAUUCAUCAAGAUCAGAAGCAAGUUUGCGAGCGGGUGAUGCAAAAGCCCAGCCUAAAGAAAUUUCUGAACCUCCACUUAUCACUAGAAGAAAAACAUGGAGUAGAGAUGAAGUAAUGGGAGAUAGUUUACUGCUUUCUUCCGUGUUCCAAUUUUCUCGGAAAAUUAGACAGACCAUUGAUAAAACUGCUAAUAAAAUAAGAAUUUUAUUUAAGGACAAAGAAAGAAACUGGGACGAGAUUGAGAAGAAGUUGAGAUCAGAAAGUGAAAUACCACUUUUGAAAACUUCAUGUGUGGAAAUCUUAUCAAUAUUACAAGAACUAAAGAGAAUUGAAAACCAGUUACAAGUGAUUAAUGCAAUGAUCGAUCCAGAUGGCACUCUCGAUGCCCUAAACAUGUUGGGAUUUGGAAGUCCAUUUCCUUCAACACAUUCAAACUCGAAACAUAGCAGUUCCUCAGUACACUCCAUGAAUUCGUCAUCAGCAUCUCUUCCUCACAUAGAGAGCAGAGGCAGUCGGUCAAAUGUGAAAGCAGCAUCCUCAGAUGCAGAUGGAGUUCAGUCGAGCCCUGAUUUUAGCUUACAUUUUAAUAGGUUCAAUCCUGACGGAAAGGAAGACUCCACAUCACAUGAAUAAGAGUAUGGCUAUAAAUGAUCCAUUUAUAGUGCAAAAUUAAACAAUACCGUGUUCCGUUUUUAUGUGUAUAUGGCUUGUGUUGAUCUACAAAACACUUCUAAACAACAAAAACUCAGAAUGUGGUACAUUUUUUUUAAAUAAUGUAUCUUUCAAAUUGAAUACCAAAUCACAUCUUUAAAAUGAUGGGAAACAAUUAUC